AUGUUCACUGUAAAGAGUGCCAAAGAGCAACUUCUUUCCCAAGGCGAAUCGUCAACUAUGGCGAGCCCUGAUCAGUCAUUUUCUGAUUUAGAAGUUAUAGAUCAGCGUUAUUUUACUUCCUCGACAUGUGCUUUAAAUGUACCUCCGCCUUUACCAAACGAAC